UAUCGUUUGCACGUCCGGGUUGUUUGUGACGUGUGUGGGCCCGCAUUAGUGUUUUGGCGCGUUUUGUUGCUUACACAGCUUGUGAAAUUUGUUGAAUUAAUACAUUAUAAAUCAUACUUAAACAAAAUGAACGAUUCCUUUGGAGAUUUCAAUGCCACACAAACGGCCACAGCCGGCGCAACAAAGGAAGCCUCCGGCGAGGGUAUUAUUUCAUUGCUGGUCAAGCAGAUUCUUGAUUCACCCGAGGGCAAUUUCAAGAUGUUCGAUGUUACCUACGCUUUGGUAUGCGCCGUGGGAAUUGUGCGCAACAUUGAGACAUCCUCAACGAAGAUCACAUACUCCUUGGAGGAUCACAGUGGACGCAUUGAUGCACACUACUGGCUGGAGGAGGGCGAUGCUAUCAAGUCGCCCGAUGUGAUGAUUAAUAACUAUGUGAAAAUAUAUGGUUCAGUGCGCUCGCAGGCGGGCCAAAAAGUUCUGAUGGUCUUCAAGCUGAUAAAUGUGCUAGAUCCCAAUGAGGUUUGCACCCACAUUCUGGAGGCGCUGCAUUCGCGUUACAAGGCUGAGGAGUACCAUGCCAAGGGCGAUACAGCAAGCGCCAGCAACACGCUAAUGACCAAUGUAACUGCCACCCAAAGCAAUGCCAUUGUUGCUGGCCUGGACAGCAAGCAGCUGGCCGUCUUCCAGGCCAUUAAGAGCAACUGCUCCGAGGAGGGCAUCCAUCGACGCGAACUGAAUGCCAAGUUCUCUCAUAUAAGCCAAUCCGAAAUGAACAACAUUCUGGACUUUAUGAUCUCUGAGGGCCACAUUUAUUCCAGCAUCGAUGCAGAUCACUUUAUAUGCACCAUGUAGUUAUUUA